AGAAAGAAACAAUGGGGAUAUCGGAAACGCAGAAGAAGACGAAGAUCCAGAGAAAGAAAAUGCAUGAAGACGAGACGAUUAUUGCAGAGGAAAUAGAACGACUGAUGGAACUAGCGGUGGAAGAAGAAUAUCAAGAAUUAGAAACGGAGAAAGCCGACGAGAUGGUUUUGCUGAUGAAGUGUCCACCAAGGGUCGACAAGGCGUGGCGCCAACUUUCUUCGUCUUCUUCGUUUUCUCAGGAACUUGGUCUCGUGGCCAAGUAUAGUGAGUCCUUCAAUCUCCUCGGUCCCGAUUUGUCGCCUGAGUUGAGAAUGGAGAUGGCUAGUGCUGAGCUACAGAACAUUUCGAAGCUCUAUUCUGUAAACAAAUCCAAAGACUUUGUUGGUCCAGUGCGUAUCUUCUCCGAAUCAAAUCAAGGUAAACUUGAGGUGGAAGGAACGGUGACGCAUAAACUCGAUAUGAGACCUCAUGAUUGCAUUGAAGAAUACGGAAAGCUUUUACGUGUGAGGAACAUGAAACCGGUGGCUGAAAAUAGACAUAUUCAGGUUCUUGAUGGUUGCCGGGGAGAACACUUGACGCCCACGCCUGCAUUGGUGGUGACAGAGAAGCUUAAUAAGCGAAGGGAAAAGAGGACAAGAAGCGAUCGUAGUGAGGUGGAAGCGAAAGUGUUCCAACUAUUUGAAAGAGAACCGAGAUGGACACUGAGACAGCUUGCUCAAAAAACCAACCAACCAGAGAUAUUCUUGAAAGAGAUACUCAAAGAGCUUUGUGUGUAUUCAAGGAGUGGUCGUGCUUACGAGCUUAAACCAGAAUACAAGAAAUGUGUUUGAGAAGGGCGGGCACACACAACAGGAUGCUCAGUAAAGACUAAAAAGGCAUCAUCAGAAAAUCAGAAGAAAAAAAGGUUGUAAAAAUUGGAUCCUUUUUUUUUAACACUAGAAAAAAAAGUGGAACUUUUCUUUUUGAACAGGUAAAAGAUUGGAACUUUUGAACUCUAAUGUGAAAAGGUAUCUUUCA